AUUCAAUUUCACUUUUUCUUCUUCGAAUUUAGCUUCAAUUCUGAGAGUUCACACUUUCUAAAUUAGGGUUAUCACUGAUUUUGAUUUUCAAUUUUUAACCUAGUUUUACUAUAUACUGGUUUAUCAUUUUUCAAUUUUUUUACUUUUAAUUUUCGGAACAAGAUUUUCACUGUUUCUUUCAGUUUCUUAGCUCAAUUCAGCUUUGGAUUACAAUUCUCCUAAACGAAGUCGUUUUGGGAGGAACCAUAUAAUAUAUGAUGAAACGGAUGAAAAAGGAGAUUCCGGAUGACAUACUCCAUGAUGAUCAGAUUGGUUCGCAGUUGAAUGAUGAGGAUAAUGGUAGAAGUGCCUGUGGAGUUGUUCUGAAGAAAGGGCCGUGGACAAGUGUUGAAGAUGAUAUAUUGGUCAAGUAUGUCAACAAGAACGGAGAAGGGAAUUGGAAUGCCGUUCAGAAGCAGACAGGCCUGUUGCGUUGUGGAAAAAGUUGUCGACUGCGAUGGGCUAAUCACCUAAGGCCACAUUUAAAGAAAGGGGCAUUUACUGAGGAAGAGGAGCGGUUGAUUUGUGAGCUUCAUUCAAAAAUGGGAAACAGAUGGGCACGCAUGGCAGUGCAUUUACCUGGUCGUACAGACAAUGAGAUAAAAAACUAUUGGAACACUCGGAUCAAGAGGCGUACCCGAGCUGGCUUGCCACUUUAUCCUCCUGGUGUAUAUCAAGCGGCUCUUAAUAACCAAAGCACCGGUAGAAUUAACGGUGGUAAUAAAGUGCAUUCUGAUUUCUUGCAUAAAAGGAGUUUUAGUAUGCAUGAUGCAAUGUUUGACUGCCUGAAGGAUACCCAGGGAAUCUCACCUUAUUCGCCUGAUAUUUCUGAUUACGGCAAUAUGCAAAAUGGUUUUGAUUCUUCUCAGUACUGUAGUUUUGUGUCAUCGACAUCAUCUAACCCUAAACGUUUUCGAGAGUCACCAAUACCGUUUCUUGAUUUUGGUUGUAUUGACAGAAGCGAUGUUUAUCCAUUUGAACAUAUUCAGGAUGAUGCUUUUGAUAAGUUGACACAAUCAUUUGGAGUGCAAUCACCUCUUGAUCCUGGUUUCUUCUCAAACAGCUUAAUGUGUUACAGCCAUUCACUUAAAAAUGGCAAUUUCUCUACUUCUAUGCCUUUUGAGGCUGUGAAGUCGGAGCUCCCUUCACUCCAAUAUCCGAAAAUUGAUUUAGGUAGCCGGAGUACAUCUCCCUCACACCCACUACUUGACUCAAUUGAUGAUUUUAUCAAAUCUCCUACACCAAUUAGUACACUGGAGUCAGAUUGUUCUUCUCCACAAAAUAGUGGCCUGCUGCAAUCUGUACUUCAUCAGCGGAAGACUCCGAGCAGUUCAAAAAACCAAUAUUAUGACAGAAGUUCAUAUUCAUCUGCUGCAACUCCCUGUGAAAGAGAUGACCUGUCAGCAUGGAGCAUGUAUGAGCAAGAAUGGAAAGACUAUGCUGACCCUGUAUCUCCAUCUGGUGUAUCUUCAAUAUUGAAUGAUUGCCCUGCUGUUGUUGCCAACAUAAAUUCAAUGGAUGAACAGCCACCUGUUCAGACCGACAAUGGCAACAUUGUGAAAUCAGAGUAUGUUGAUCAUAUGUGGUCCCCUGACAGUUCUUAUAUCAAGUCUCUGUUGAACAAUAGUCGGCCAGAUUUUGUGCUUGAUUCAGGUUGGUAUGAGCCGUGUUCUGGGCAUGGCAAUAACCAAGCCAUUGCCACUGAUGCUACAUCGAUGUUUCAGGAAGAUCAAUUAGCCACCGACUAUAAACAUAUGACUGCUGCUGGAACUUCUAACCCAAGUCAGGUGUUAAUAUCUUUACGUGUGUUGAUUUGGACCGAGAAAUAUUUUACGUGUGAUUUUUUAGUACUGAACAAUUGUUAAGUGACUUUUGCUGUGAUGUGGCUUUGUAAUUUUUGUGUUUCAUGACUGUACCUCUAUGAAUCUAUUGCUGACUUGCGAUUAAUUUGUGUACCUCUAUGAAUCUUUUGCAGACUUGUGAUUAAUUUGUGUAUAACAUUGCAUUAAUUUGUGUAGAACAACAUUGCAUUUGAAAUAUUAUGUAGCUGGAUUGAUUGAGAAUGGCUUGCAAUAUUUUGCUUGUUUUCGUUUGAUAUGAUUUUUGUAGGUUGUAUGAUUAGGGCUAAGAAAUGAUUUUUGUUAUGAUUAGGGCUAAGAAAUUCUAGACAUGUCUAACCUUUUUCAAGUUUCAUUAAUUUUUAUUGAUGGUUAUGAUGACAUGUGACCUCGAAAGGCUUUUUGAAAAAGACAAUUUUUAAACUUUAAAGAUAUUGAAUUUUCAAUACAAUAUUUUAGUAUCUAAUAUUUUAAAAAAUGUUAAAAAGACACAUGUUAGUAUAAGAAUUGAAAAGAGAGAAAUUACUUUAACUAAAUUGAUAUAGUAAUUUUGCACAACUGUCUUGAAGGAAAUUUGAAUUCCGUUUCUUAAGAUUAUAAAUCAAACUUUUCCUACCGAGUAGAUGGACAAUUUUAUUUCUAUUGGAUUAUGUCUAACUAGCUAAAUUUCAGAUUGUAACCUGCAGUGCCUUCAAUUAUUUAUUGAUUUAAUCAUACAUUGAUACAUAUAGUUGAUACCACCUAGUAAUUUGAAUAAAAUCGGUAGUUCCCAAAUCAGAAUCCUGGCUAUGCUAAUGAUGGCAUUAGAAACAGUAGUACAUAUCUUACCUAAUGUCCUGUAGAAUGCCUGAAAAUUUUAGCUGGAGUGGAGACUGUUUUGGAUGCUAAUGUUGCCCAUUUAUCCUUCUUCAUGUCCAAUCAAAGGCCGCUUAUGUUUAUUUAUUUGAUCAUGUCUGACCAUUCUUCAAAUAAGUCUGCAACUCCCAUGGGUGGACCUACCUUAAGGCAUAAUGUUUUAAAAUUGCACCUAUUAUCAAAUUGAUGAAAUUGCAUGACUAAAUCAUAUUAAAUGAGAU